AUGAUGCCUUAUGUCUUCGCAUGUGGAACCAAAGAUGACGUUUGCCUAUCGCGAGCGCGAGGCCUCGUCGCUGGUGGAGCUUGUGAGAUUGGCGACGCCCUGGGUGCUCGCUGUCUAUCGUUCUGUGGGGUUUCUGCGCAGGGCUUGAUUAACUCCAAGCAUGCGCCGGAAGCUGCAUAUUCGCGAAGAUGUGGUGCACGAGGAUCCAACUGGACAAAAAGAUCAGCUCGUCUAGUGCGGCGUUCCCGAAUGCAUCUCGGGGAAAGUCCGGUACCAACACUGCCCGUGCCGGUUGCGGCAACCAGGAGUACGCGGGAAAGCGUCUCCGUCGAGACUCGAAAAAAGUCCCCGUUGAGCGUCAAGCUGCAGUGUCGGGUUUCGACCAUUGCCCCAUUGCAUCGACCAUGGUCGAUGGGACUGCAGGAGUUUCCAGAAAGUCGUGUGCGGUCCAUGGGAACGGCACUAGGACGCCAUCGAAGCCUGAAACUGUGCGCUGCUGCAUCCGACACUGCCAGAUUCUCUUCUGCACAGGUAUCAAAACAUAGGCGCUCCAUGGAAUAUGUCUUCCGACUUGAAGUAGUCCGUGCGUCGCUCAUUGCGGUUUGGGAGAUGUCCCUGUUUCUUAUGACUGGAUAUUUGCUUCAUCGCACACAUAUAUUGGACCCUCAAACCGUUCAAGGUCUAUCCAAAGCUGUGUACCAUAUUUUUCUUCCGGCGCUGUGUUUUGUGAAUAUUUCCGCACAUGUGGCUUCAAGCGGGCACACAUCCAUGUUGCCACUCUUUUUUGCAGCGUUCCUGCAUAUCAUUGCAGGCAUUGCCGCUGGUGAGCUGCUAUCUGCUCUCCUGCAAGUUUCCUCGAAUAAGCGCCGGUUCAUCAGAAUUGCUUGCGGUUUUGGAAACUCUACCUCUUUGCCUGGACUCUUUUAUAGUAGCAUCUUUGCAUCCGAUCCAAGUCGGGCGACGAGCAGCUUAGGAUUGAUGUCGAUCUACUGUAUUACUUGGACUGCAGCUUUUUGGCCUUAUCUUCAUGCAAAUUUCGGUGCACCAAAUGUUGAAAACGCUCAGCAGUUGGAAGGCACGAAAACGGGCGCCCCUGAUAUGGAUCCACAGCGAUCGGGGGAUCCACCGAAGUAUGAAGCGACUUCAAAGAUACUGCACAGCGGCCUCUACACUGUAGCCAUUCGUCGAAUAGGGUCACUGAUCUAUGCUCUCGGGACACCGCCCGCGUUUGCAUCGAUUAUCGGUCUGCUCUGCGGACUCGUUGCUCCGCUGCGAAACCUCCUCUUCCAGAACAAUCACGUGCUCUCGGUUGGGCUCGUCCUUACAGUGAAAUCUUUGGCUGCAGCGAACGGGGCAUGUGCUAUGCUCGUUUUAGCAGCCUCGUUGGCGAGCAGACCUGGGCACGGCUCCUCCGCCAGAUACAGUUUUGUCGCACGGAAUGGAUCAUCAACGACUGCAUCGCACCCAACCAAGCUGUUUCUGCCGCUGAGCUUUAUCGUUGGACUGUAUCAGCGGGCUCUGCGGCUUCUUGGCUCAGCAGAUUUCGAAAUUGUGGUUCCAGCGUUGAUAACACGCUGUAUUCUUCUCCCAUGUUUGACGUUUGCACUCAUAUUUCCACUUGCGGACGCUUUCGGAUUGAUUCCCGCGGGACCAACGGGUACCCUGAUGCGUUUCGUAAUGAUUCUCCAAGCAGUGAUGCCACCCGCGCAGAAUAUCGUGGUUGGCCUCCAACUCGAAGGUGACGCAGACGAGGCAGCGUAUGCAGGCCGUCAGCUUCUUGUGACGUAUCUGCUGUCUCUGAUACCUCUGUGUAUUCUUUUGACCCUGUUCCUAGGAAUUCUUAAUGUCUAG